AUGGAUAUGGCUACUUCCAACAUAAAUGGUCAUGGCGACAGACCUUCUCCAGCUGCAAGAUUUCCUACAGCUCCUUCAGUCAUGACAAUGAAUGGCAACUUUGCUUCCGUCGGCGAUGCGCCGACAAAAGAACAAUAUGAACAUGGCAUACAAGUUAUUGAUGAACAGAAGGAAUUCAAUCCUAAUCUCAACGAGUAUCUCCAAUAUACCGAUACAGCACACUCUGGCUUUAACUAUCACCUUAUAUCAGUAUUUGGGUCACAAUCGACCGGAAAGUCUACCCUCCUUAAUCAUUUAUUUGGCACACAAUUUGGGGUGAUGUCUGAAAGGGAGAGGCGGCAGACUACAAAAGGAAUAUGGAUGUCAAAGAAUAAGAAUCAAAGCUCUGGAGCUUCUGAAUCUGAGACUAUGGCAGACAAUAUUUUGGUUAUGGAUGUUGAGGGAACAGAUGGCAGGGAGCGGGGUGAAGAUCAAGACUUUGAAAGAAAAAGUGCCCUCUUUGCUCUGGCCACCUCAGAGGUUCUCAUUGUAAAUAUAUGGGAACAUCAAGUAGGUUUAUAUCAGGGCGCAAAUAUGGGAUUACUCAAAACUGUAUUUGAAGUUAAUUGCCAACUAUUUUUAAAGGACAAGCAGUCUACUCCACGAUCCCUUCUAUUCUUUGUUAUUCGAGACCAUCUUGGAACCACCCCACUUGCGAAUCUUAAGGAAACUCUUAUUCAAGAUUUAAGCGCUAUAUGGACUUCUCUCUCAAAACCUGCCGGCCUUGAGAAUUCAAAGAUAGAAGACUAUUUCGACUUUGCGUUCGCAGCUUUACCACAUAAGAUCUUACAACCAGACAAGUUCAUUACGGAAGUGCAAAAACUUGGUACACGAUUUAGAGCUGGCCGUAAAUCUGCAAGGGCUGAAGAUGCUGGAUUUGAAGGAGGUGUCUUCUUGCCAGAGUAUCAUCGUAGAAUUCCUGCAGACGGAUUUGCGGUAUACACGGAGGGUGUAUGGGAUCAAAUCGUGAAUAACAAAGAUUUGGACCUUCCUACUCAGCAAGAACUUUUGGCACAAUUUCGUUGCGACGAAAUCUCCCGAGAAGUUUUGAUCUCAUUCGACGCAAAGAUUCAUCCACUGGAAGAGAAGCAAGGAGAAGAUGUCAGAUCUGGGAAACCUACUGUGAUUGCUGAUUUAGGUGUUACGGGUAAAACGGCUCGCACAAGUACCAUCAAGCAUUUUGAGACACAAGCUAGCAGGUAUCACAAAGCCGUAUAUACUUUGAAGCGUACCGAGCUUGAAGGCAAGAUUGACACGAGGUUAAAGUUAUUAUUCCAUGGUCAAUUGCUCGCAGCUCACAAGUCCGGUGUUGCAUCGUUUAGCGAUGCCGUUUCCACCGCUGUGAAGAAUGGCCAGAAGAGGGCAGCUUCAUAUGAAUUCGCAGAUAUCGUGGAACGAGAAAAGGAGGUUGCGCUUAAAACCUUCGAGGCAGAAAUGAAGAGCCUUUAUAUUGAAGAGUUAUCAUGGACUAAUUUUAGCUCCUCAUACGACCUUUUUGAAAAAGAUCUUAACGAAGUUAGCGGUAAUCUCAGAAAGGAAGAGAUGAGACGUCUCGCAACACAUGUUGAGCGAUGGGUGAGAUCACGAUUGAACGAUUCUAUUGGAGUUGAGUUCAAUAAACUCGGUUCUGGAAGAGGUGGUAGUGGAGCCCCUGAGACAGGGGAAAAGCCUGCUACCGAGAAAGAUUUGUGGGAUAGAAUAUGGAAAACUUUUACUGGAACAGUCAAGGAAGCAGAGUCUAAAUUUAUCGAACGAGCAAAGAGUUUUGAUGCUAGUGAGGAUGAAAUCGAAAUUGGUCUAUGGCGUCUCAGGAGAAAGAGUUGGGGUGUUCUCCGAGCCAAAAUUGACGAGGAAGUCAUGGAAGGUAAUAUCCUCCUUAAACUUCGAGAGAACUUUGAGGAUAAAUUCCGCUACGAUGAAGCGGGUGUUCCACGUAUAUGGCGACCUUCUGAUGAUAUUGAGGGAAUUUAUACCAAGGCUAGAGAAUCAACUCUUACCCUCAUACCAUUAUUGGCCAAAUUCAAGCUCUUGGAAACAUCAUCACCUCCCGAAUUACCCGAAUGGAUUGGUAACACUCCGGCUAGUGUUGAUCCUAAAGAUGAAGAAGAUCUUACACCUAUUGGUGGUGUGGAUGAAGAAGAAGGAAAGAGUCUUGAAGAAGAAAUGACAGUUCUUAGUGAAGCCAAACGUCAAGAUCUCGUGGUUAGAUUCAAGAAGACAGCAGAUGGUGUAUAUGUUGAAGCUAAACGUAGUGCUAUUGGUGGUGUGGCUCAAGUUCCUUUGUACUUCUAUGGUCUACUAUUGGCUUUAGGUUGGAAUGAGAUUGUUGCUGUCCUACGCAAUCCCAUCUACUUUGUCUUCCUCAUUCUUUGCGGUGUCGCAGGUUACGUCACUUACACGCUCAAUCUCUGGGGUCCAAUUAUUCGCAUGUUAAAUGCGGCUAGUACACAAGGAGUGGAGAUUGGAAAGGAAAAGUUGAGGGAAUUCUUGAAGGAUUCAGAGGUAGGGAGACAGGCUUUGGGAAUGCAAGGGAGAGAUGCGGGGGAUAGUGAUGCGAUUAGUUUGAAUACUUUGGAUAGUAGAGGAAAGAGGGUGGUUAGAGAGGAUGAGGAUGUGGAUGAGAUUUAG